CAACUCGCGCAGGAAGCAGCCGAGAAGACUCAAGAGAACGAUGGGUCGUCGUCGCGGUGGCGGUGGCGGUUUCGGAGGCGGUCGCGCGCGCGCGCCCCCUCCUCGUCCCGCGACCUACAGCAACGCCCCUCCCCCCGCUCAGCAGACCCAGGGAGGUGGCGGUUCCGUCAUGGGGGGCCUCGCGGGCAUGGUCGCGCAGGGUGCCGCCUGGGGUACCGGUACCUCCAUCGCCCGCGCUGCGGUCGGAUCCAUGAUGGGCGGCGGCGGCGGCCACGAGGCUGCGCGCCCCGCGGAGGAGCCCCGCCAGGCCGCGCCCUCCAGCAACCCCUGCGUGAACCAGAUGAAGCUCUUCUCUGACUGCAUCAACGAGAACUCUGGGGAGAUCGCCAAGUGCCAGAUCUACCUGGACAUGGUGCAGGCGUGCAAGAGGGGGGAGCUCGCGUGAGGCCAGCCAGCUAGCUCGAUGUAAUCAUCAAUGUAAACGGUUCGAUUC